GUGACAGCUGUUGGACUCCAGCAUUAGCACAGUCUUGAGCAAGCUUUAUCUAACCACAGACACAGGACUCCAAAAAGUACGAGAACCUCCUAUUUAAUGCAUUAUUCAGUCCAAACUCCACACACUAUUAAAAUAGACGUGGGUGCACUUGAAAGAGCCUGUUCAAUUCCAGCGGGAUGGAGUUUACAUUGGUUUCAUGAGUAAACGCAUCAGCAUUCAGCUCGGUUGAUAUGGAACAGCCUCCCAUCAACUCAGAUGGUUUACAGCCUCAGGAUCUGUCCUCCACCUGCAGCCUACCCAAUAUCUUUGAUCUGUCAAGAAACAGCGAAGAAUGUCUGUUGAAAGCGAACCCCAUAGAUGCCUUGCAUGUUGUCCAGACACCAGGCUGGUUUGUCAGUCCUGGGACCAGCAAUGGGAUGCUACUUCCGGAGAAUGACUCCAAUCAGUUGCCACUUCCCACAGACCAGAUCAACCCAGACAAUGCGUUUUCCAACACGACUGUCACACUCUCUUAUGUAAGCAGGUCACAUGUCUUCUCUAACCAUAACGCCCUCUCAGAGCAUUCCCCAAUUUAUGGUGUUCCAUCCUUAAGCAAGGCUUUCGCGCUGCACCCUUCUGCCUAUGAUGCUAGCAAGCUGGCAACGGACACGGGAGACGACACAGAUCUCUCGGUGGAUAUGGACCAACACUGCCUCCAGCAGGUGUCAGUGCCUGUAGGACUGGCAGCCUGCGACCAAUUUGGGUUUAUGUCCCCAGCUCAGGUUGUUGAAAAUGUAGCCGCGUUCUGCUACCUUCAACAGCCUCCUGAUUUGAGCAGUUUGCAAGAUGUGGAAAACAUUGCUUUGGAAACACUCAAAUCUUUACAACGAAGCAAUCCCACAGAGUGUAGGUUUCCCAUCAACAUGGAUGAACUUCAAAACAGAGCUGCUAAUGGCUUGUGGAAUGUGGGACCGUUUGAGGGAGGCUUUCCGGAGGGUCACGCUACAAACGCAGAGGGUUUACACAGAGAUGGCAACCCUGAGGUAGUCUUUCUGAUCUCCAGAUCUGAGCCGCCGAUCAUUUUACAGAACAACCCGGGGCCUGCAAGCUUUGCGAUAUCUUUAAACCAAGAUUUUAUUAGUCCUUUAGAUCCUGAGUCACCCCCUGCUGCCUCGGUGGAUGAAACUGAGGAUGUUUUCUCCUUGCCACAGGCUGCAAGUUCUCCAAGUGAAGACAGUUCAUUCGAAGGACAAGCGGCUGACAUUACGCAAGAACAUUUGGGCAAAGAGUUUGAUCCUACGACAGGUGAUGCUGCAUCAGAAUUCAUCACCAACACUUAUGAAAAACCAACAACUGACAAAACGUGCAACACAGAGUACAAGUCAGUACAGGUCAAUGGACUAUCAGAAGGAAAAACAGAAAUAUGUAAGACAACUGACAUUUUGUGUUUUAGUGGCAGUUCGCUCACCACAAAGAAGACAUUUGAGAGAAAACUGCCACCAAGAACUAGUAGAGGAAUGAGGUUGGGAGCCAUUGUUCAAAACAUCUACCCCACCAGGUACAAAUCAAGUCGCGUCUCUAAUAUAAAAAAAGCUCAGACUAGAAAGAACUCUCAUUUCUGCUCCAAUCAGGACACGUCAUCCAACAAGAAUAACCAGCACAUGCUGGACAGUAUAUGCACUGUGAAGGAGGCAGUGGAAUCUAAUGAAAAGACAGCUGCACAUUUACAGGAAGAAGAAACAGAUGUCAGAGUUUCAAACAGAUGUAAAACCACAAUAUCUACCUCAUGUUCUAAAAACAAGAGUGUUCUUGAACCGUCAUGUGAUCUCAAGACCACAAAGACAUUAGAUGUUUUGUUAAAUUCCACAAAAAGAGCAAAGAAACUACGACAGAAGGUUUCGAAAAGGUCUUCAGCAGGAACAGGAAACCUUAACUUAUUACCAAUAUUGAAAACCUCUAGAAAAGGCUGCCCUGCAAAGCUUCAGAGGCCAAUUGUAGGUUCAAAAAGUUCAGCUGCUACAAAGAAAUCGAAUGCCCCCAAAAGGAAAAGGAAGAAAUGCAAAGUUGGCCAUACUUCCUUGUUUUCACCCCCUGAACCAGAAAUCAAACUCAAAUAUGUGAACUACAAAGGAGAGAAAAAGGACAUACGGGAUAAGGCCUUUGCCCCCUAUGUUCAUUUGGAACUCAAAGACUACCCGACCUGUACGGUUGUCAACUAUCCCGAGGAGAGUUUCAGGCUCAAGCAGGGAAAGCAGCAGGCGUCCGUUGGCUUCAUGUGUGGUGUGGUUCCUUCAACACCUUGUUUGCAAUAUGGACGAGUUUCCAUGGAUGGCGCACAACGGGGUAGCCUAGUGUGCUGUCUUUGUGGCGGCUCUGCCAAUGCUAUGGAUCUUGGUGACUUGCAUGGGCCAUAUUACCCUGAGGGAUUCAAAUCUGCCUCAAAAACUCUUACUAAUCCACAGGAAGAGGAGGAGAACCAUAGUGAUACAGAUUCCUCUCUUAGUGUUAAGAGUGGACAGUGUGAUGUUUCCACUCCAGGCACUUGGACUAGUAAAUCUUUUCACAAUCUAUCAGAGUCAGCAGCUUUGAUGACCUGUAAAAGGUGGACCAGUGAUAGUGAGCUCUCUAGUAGUCCUACAGCUAAGAGACCUAAGAUGGAUGCUGCCACUGAGUGGUACAGCCCUCCUGUGGUUCCUCUUGACAAUAAUGAGUACUGGAUCCAUGAGGACUGUGGCAUAUGGUCAGCAGGUGUCUUUCUGGUCAGAGGAAAACUGUAUGGACUUGAAAAUGCUGUCAAGUCAGCAAAAGAGUCGUUUUGUUCAACUUGUCAAAGAAGGGGGGCUACAUUGGGCUGUGUUUUCAAAGGCUGCCCAAACAAGUAUCACUACACAUGUGCAAUGCAGUCAGGUUGUAUAUUAAACGAGGACAAUUUCUCAAUGAAAUGCAGAAAGCACAAGAACAAGUCCAUCCAAGGUUCGUCAUAUCAUCAAAUUACCAGGUGACAGGAGGAAGAGGAUGCUAUGCAAGAGUAACGUGGAUCUCUUCAACUCCAUUGGCGUCUUCCUGUGAGUACGUCAGCCAUGGGACCUUCACAAUCUUUCUCUGUUGACAGAAAGGCCUCUUCAAAAUGCCAACACCCAUAAACCUUAAUAAUUUUGCUGUUGCACUGUUCAUAACAUCGGUCACAGAAAUGGCACUUUGUAAGACUCACACUAUUGAUUCAAGGAGUGUGGUAAUAGUGACAAGUAUCUGAAUGAAUUGCACAUUUAAGGGGCUCAAAGCAGAAGACAAAUCCUUGAAACCUAAACCACAGCACAAAUUCAGUCUGCUAGUUUUAUUUGGUAAUACGCCUUUUCAAAAUAUGUUUGUGUGUUAUUUAUAUUUUGAGGCAAAAUUAUUUGGGCAAGUUCGUAGUUCUUAAAUGAAAUAAUUUGUUCACUAUGUGUUAAUUUAUGACGAAAUUAUUUCUACAAACUGAAUUUUAAACAUACUGCAUGUUAGAAUGUUAUUCACUCUACAGAGUGAUGUCAUAAUAUUAUCAAAAUAUAGCUUCAUUAUCAACUUUUUAUAUAUUGAAUUGGUGUCUUGUCACUAGUCUGAUUGAUGACAUAAGCAAAUAUGUAAACCCCCAGAAGGCUCUUUGUCUGGUUUGAAGAAGCUGAAGUGAAGGAAAAAAUGCGAAUUUAGAUAGCAAACUCAUGAGAUUAUUAUUUUAAUUUUUUUUUAAAUAUGUUAGUUUUAGAUUGUCUUUUCUUCCCAAGUUGUGGAACCAUAUGAAAGCACUUUGAAAUGGGAAAAAUAGAUUUUCUUCCAAGAUAAUGUUGGUGGAGAAUUCAGAUGGUCCCAAAAUAGUCUCGAGUGUUUCUUGAACUUUACAACCAACUCUAUUUUUCGUCCACAAUAGCAGCUUGUUUACACACCCGCAUUAGCAUAAACGUGCACCCACAUUGUGAACAUGAUUUAUUUUAAUAUUCAUUUGCAUUAAUUCUAGAAUGAUUUAAAAAUUGUGUAAGUAAUUAUGUAAUAUGAAUUUUGGUUUUACAGAUUACAGAUGUGGGUUAUAUAAAAAUUCAUUUUAAUCACACAGUGGUGUUAUGGAUUUUAUUAUUGGUUCUAUAUACGUUCACACUUAUAUGGAGACUCAUCAGCUUAAUGGUCCAUAUAUUGGAGACAUUUAAAGGAAUUUUCCAGGUUCAAUAGAAGUUAACCUCAGUUGACAGCAUUUGUGAUAUGUUUAUUACCACAAAAAUACAUUUUAACUUGUCCCUCCUUUUAAAAAAUAAAUCUUGAUACAUUGAGGCACUUGUGGAAGUAAAUGGGGCCAAUCCGUAAACGUCAAAAUACUCACUUGCCUUAAACCCGAAAACAACAGUAAAAAUGACGAUUUAAUCAAUUUUACAGCUCAAAUAAUACACAAGUUUGAUCAGAAUAAUGUAAGUACUUUUAUAAAAUUAUAAGCUUUACAUUUCUGCCUUUUAAAUCCACCAAAAAUGACUUCCAUUGUAAGUGCCUCACUGUAACCCAGAAUCGACAAGUCAAAAUACAUUUUUGUUGUAAUCAACAUUAUGCCACAAAUUCUGUCGAUUGAGCUGAACUUGUAUUGGACAUAGAAAUAUUCCUUUAUGGAUAACUAGUAUAAAUGACAAGUUUAAAUUAAUACCAGACAACAGCAUAACAUUUAGUUUGUUUUGGUCAGUAAUGACAAUUUGAUCCCAUCAGAAAUGAUCUGUGGAAAAGGUAUCAAUUUCGGACAAGGAACUUGAUCAAAUUAUUUGAAUGAAAAUGCUAAUGUUCAGGACUUCGUUAUGAGCACUAAUCUUUUGCUUUUACAGUGGCUGUAUCUACCUUUUGAGUUUCCAUUCAACAUUUGUGUGAUAAAACAUUUAUGUUGCACUUUCUACACUAAAUUUCAUACAGAAAUGAAUUCUAAUACCCUCUCAUUUUUCAUUUGUUUAUGCCUUGCUAUGACAAAUCUGUAUCUUGUUCUUUCUCAAGAUCAGGAAGUACUUGUUUCAAUUUCUGAUGGAAAGGGGAUCAUGAGACUCAUUCUGGAACUGUCCUGUGCAUUAAACCUACCAAUUUUAUUUGUUUGUGUACAAAAUAUUUAAAUAUCAAUAGUUUUGUCCAAAGGUUAAGAGAUGGAUUUGUAAUUGUGCCAGUUACACACUGACAUAAUUUGGUAGCUUGCUUGUGGAAAGGUCAAUGUUGACCAUGUCUCUGAUUGUCCAUCUGUAUUUGUGGACCUGUGUUGUGUGCCAUACUUUUGUUCAGGACUAUACCUGUACAAAUUUUGUGCAAAUGUCUUUUGUUUGCUGGAUUUUUUUUUUCUUUUGUCUAAACUUGUUUUUAAAAUCUUAAUCUCAGGGUUGAGCAGGGUUCUUUUGCAUUGUUGACAUUCUUACCCCAAAAUAUAUUUAUCCUUCACUGACUAAACCCACUUGGUCAGAUUAAUAAAUUGGCUUAAAAAUA